ACUUGCGGGCAACAAUCGCAGUGCGAGUCGGCAGUUGCAGCUUUCGCCUUUUGCUGGCAUUGUCUUGAGCUGCGGGGAGGCGGGCAUGAGCGCGCAGCGUCGUCAGCUGCUGAAGCAGCUCCUCAAGUCGCUAAAUGUGGUGCUGGUGGCUCUGCUAAUGUACAACUUGUGGCGCCACAAAUGGACGAAAGUAAAUUUCAAUUAGACAUUCUGAUGCAAUGAUUAAUUUGCGCUCACUGAUUGAUUAAGUCAUUAAUUAAAUAAACAAUGCAAAAAAGGAGCAGCAGCUGAACCGUGCUCCGGAUGUCAUUUACAGAUGUGCUUCU